AUGAGUGACCAACGCUCACCUUCAGAGCAAGGUCACUCUGUGCAAAGAUCAACUGACAUAGUCAAUGAAUUAAAUGCUCUGGUUUAUCAAUACCAAACGCAAACAACAAAUCUAAAUGCUGUAUUACAAGGCAACCCAAUUAAUGUGACACCUUUGAGCGAAAAUUAUGAUAAUUCUGCUACUGAGGACUUUGAAAUGAGUAAUGAAAGUGAUAGUAAAGUGGAAUGGCAAACUGUGACAAGCAAAAGACGUCAGUUAGGCUCUCCCACUAUUGAUCACAAGCGAACAAGGACAGAAGGCAAUAAAAACAUAGUAGAAAAUAUUAACAAUACUAUAAACAACAACCACGACAAUAUCAUAAUCAGCAACUCCAGCAGCACAAACAUGUUUGCCGGGUUACAAGACGAAUCAGACGGUAAUAAUGGACAGCAGAAUGAAGAAGAGACUACACCAAAACCACCACCAAUUAUUAUACCAAAUAUAAGCGACAUUAGCGGUAUGAUUAAGUAUUUUCCUAAUUCCGUAGGUACCAGCAGUGAUGAAGUAGAGAUAUUGAACUUUCUCGAAUCUCCAUGUCAAAUGGACUUACCAAUCAGUAAGAUAUCAAAUAAUGAAGUUGCUACAGAAAUUCAUAAAUUAAAUAACUACAAAUCACCUGGAUAUGACUACAUCGAUAGCAAAGUGGUUAAGGCUCUUCCUGAAAAAGCUAUACAAUUCCUAACCAUAAUAUACAAUGCUAUUCUUAAUUUAUACCAUUAUCCCACCCAGUGGAAAUGUGCCAUUGUGGUCAUGGUACCAAAACCCAAUAAACCCGAGAAUAGUGUCAAGUCUUACCGUCCUAUUAGUCUGCUGAUUGUAAUACGUUCCUUGGGUCUAUCGCUAAAUGAAUUCGGCCACCAAUUCUAG